AUGACGGACAAGAUCUUGAUAGACCGUCUCUCGCACUGCCGCUACGGCCACCCCGAUCUCCAAAAGGCCAAAAAGUUCUUCAUCGACUUUGGCCUGAUUGUGGAAAAGGAGACGGACGAGAAGAUCUAUUUCCGCGGAUUUGGCAAGGAUGCUGUCGUCUACGUCGCCGAGCAGACUCACGACGGCAAGCGACGGUUUCUCGGGGGUGGCUGGAUCGUGAAAUCGCUGGCGGAUUUGGAAAAAGCAGCAAAGGUACCUGGAGCGACGCCGGUGCAUGACUACGAGGGUCCCGGGGGCGGCAAGUGCGUGAUCAUGCCGGAUAUCAUGGGCGAGGAGAUCACGCUCAUUUGGGGCCAGACGGACCGGACGAUCGAUGAGCGAGAGGCUCCCAAGCCGGUCAAAUGGAACACGUGGGAGGAGAAGCGUCGGUAUGGAGAGUUCCAGCGACCGGAACGGGCGAGUCCUUCCAAAGUGCACAAGUUGGGCCACUAUGGGUUCGAGGUCGAUGUCUCUCGACUCCCCGAGGUGGUAGACUGGUAUUGCAAGACCUUCAACCUCAAAGAGACCGAUUCUCUUUGGCACGAGCAAAGCGGGAAGAUCAUCAUGACUUUCAUCCACAUUGACAAGGGGAAGGAAUAUGUCGACCACCAUAACAUCUUCAUCGCCGGCGGCCCGAUUGGGGAUGGCAUCAAAGCACACCACAGCAGCUUCGAGGUUGACGACAUGGACAGCCAGCUGGUUGGCCACCACCACCUCCAGAAGCAAGGCUGGAUCAACGUAUUCGGACUCGGCCGUCAUGUACUGGGGAGCCAGAUUUUCGACUACUGGUUCGACUCCUCUGGGUUCCUGGUCGAGCACUACGUUGAUGGCGACCUGGUCAACGAGGACAAACCGCAUGAAUUCGAGCCUGCGACGGCAGCAACGGUCGCGAGCUGGGGUCCGGACAUCCCGCGAGCAUUCUUCUCCAAGAAACUCGAGGACGUUCCGGGCCUCACGGAGAUUCCUGUUGUCCCUGCCGAAGCUUAG